CAUUAAUAUUAAUAUAUUAUGAAGACGAUUAUACUUAUAUUAUUGAGUGUGCAGAUCUUGCUUGCUCAGGAUCCUUGGGUAACCCAUUACACAGCAUUUACAUCAGCAGAAAUAAAUGAUUUGGAUGGUAAAGAAUAAUUAUAAUUAUAAGGUUGGGUUGUAAAGAAAGCAUUUAAGGGAAAUACAUUUAGUAAAUGUGAUAAAAUAAGUUUGGUUGGUGGUUAUGGAGCUUUUGGAAAGGGUGCAACAGCAUUAAAAUAAUUGAAUCUUCCUCCACAUUAUAAAUUAAAGAUUAAUGUACAGUUAUGGAAGUAAAAAUAAAUUUAUAUAAUAAAACUUUUAGAAUUGAUAGUUGGGAUAAUGAAAUAAUGUAUGUAUUAGUUGAUGGUUUCAUAUGGCAAGCAAAAUGGCAUUAUUCAGAAGGAGCAAAUUUAUGUGGAGCAGCAAAUGAUUGGAAAGAAGCUUUUUAUAAUAUUGAAUUUGAAGUUCCUCAUAAUUCUCCAACUGUAAGUAUAGUAUUGACUUCAAAUUUGGAUGAAGAUGCUUUGAAUGUAAAAUUUAUUCUAAAAUAUAGGAAUCUUGGGCAUUUAGAGAUUUUAAAUUAUCAUUCUAAAGAUGUCAUCCAGAAUGUUCAGUUUGUAGUGAUAAUAAACCAGAUAAUUGUUUCUUUUGGACAAAUGUAGCUACAAAUUGGAAUAAAUAAAUAUCAUUGGAAGGUUGGACAUUAGAUGGUGAAGGUAAAGCUGAAGGAAAUGAAUGUGCAGGAGUAUAACUUUUUGGUGGUUAUGGAAAAUUAGGAAGAAAAGCUAAUUUGUGGAAGAGAUUUACAAAUUUACCACCACAUUAUUAAGUUAAAGUGAAAGUAUAAAUGUGGAAGAUUGAUUCAUGGGAUAAUGAAUUAUUUUUAAUGGAAAUUGAUGAUUAAGAGAAAUUUAGAUAAGCAUUUGCAUAUAAUGAAGGAGUAGAUUUAUGUGGUGUUGAUACAGGUGCAAAAUAAGGAGAAGGAUGGGCUGAAAAAAUAGUUAAUAUAGAAAUUAAUGUUCCUCAUAAAUUCCCAGAAGUAAAAGUGUUAAUGAAAUCAACAUUGGAUGAACCACCUGAAAAUGAAUCAUGGGGUGUUAGAGAUUUCUAAUUAUUUGCUGCCUAAUGUUUUAAAGGUUGUACAGGUUGUACUGGACCUGCUAAAUCUGAUUGUACUUCAUGUGGUUAAGGAUUUGAUUUAGUAAAUGGAGAAUGUAAAGAAGGAAGUAAUUUAAUAUAAAAUUAUAAUUAGUUAAAUGGAUGACAUUAAAUAGAUUCUUCUUUAAUGAUGAAUAAGAUUUCUAAGGAUUAUUUGAUUGGGUUCCAUCUAAUGUUUUCUAAAAUUAAAAUCCAUUUUCAACAUGUGGUUAAAAGAAAUUGUUUGGUGGUUAUUAAAGAUUUGGUCUGAAAGCUAAAGCUGAAAGAAAUUUCAAUCUUCCUAAACAUUCUAGACUCAGAAUCUAAUUCUAAUUCUGGAAGAUUGAUUCAUGGGAUGAUGAAAAAUUCUAACUCUUCCUUGAUGGUAAAGUUGUAUUUGAAAGACCAUUUGGAUUUAGUACUCCAGGAUAAGCUAAAAUCUGUGGUGCUCCUUAAAGUACUUGGAUGACUUAUUUCUUUAAUGUUGAUGUCAUUGUUGAACAUACUAAUCCUACUGCUAAUAUUGUUUUAACUUCUACAUUAGAUUAAGCUGCUGAUGAUGAAUCUUGGGGAUUCAGAGAAUUCUAAUUACUUUAUGAAUUAAAAGAAGAUUGUGUGGAAUUAUAUGCUGAAUGUGGAUUCAAAGGAACUAAAUAUGAAAUCUGUAGAGAUACUCCUUCACUUGCUAGAGUAAUCAUUUAUUUCGAUUUAUAGGAAAAAGUUAAUUAAGUUAAAUCAAUCAAAAUUCCUCCUGGUGUUAUUGUCUAAGGUUUUGAUGAAGAAGUCUACAAAGGAAAAACUGUUAAAUUCUCAUCAAGUUAAGAUUGCUUAGAAGAAAUACAAUUUUCUUUCAUACAAAAAAAAUUUGAAAUCAUUCAAGCUGAUGAUUCUAUCCUUGCUGCUAACUUUAGACGUAUCAGAUUUGAUUGAUUUUAUAAUCAUUAUACAACAUUAUUUCUUAAUCAAAAC